GGUUUGCCAUCUCGAACGCGCCCCCCUCUACCAACCAACUCCGUUGAAUACUUUAUGGAAAAAAGUCUCUCUCAUCUACAUCCACUGCAAGGAUAAAAAGCUUUACAAAAUAAGGAAAUCGGUUAAUUGUUGUUAUUGAGAAUUCGAGUUGAAGGGAAAACGCUGGAAAUUGGCGGCGGUCCAGCGGAUACAAACUAUUACAAACAACGCGCUCCAAUACCAAAACUCUUGCACAGUCUUCUUCGUUGGUGGUGGCGGCAAGGCAACAACUACAUACAACAACAACAACAAAUACACAAUUUCCAUAUCCAUCCUCCUCCCCCCUCCACCCCUCUGUUCCCAAUCCAAGUGAGUGUCGGUGGGCAGUGACAGGAUGUGGGACUCAUCAAUGUUUCUGAGCACACUGACGCCAAAAUUUUAUGUGGCUCUCACUGGUACCUCGAGUCUAAUAUCGGGAUUGAUUCUGAUCUUUGAAUGGUGGUAUUUUCGCAAAUAUGGAACAUCCUUUAUAGAGCAAGUAUCUAUCAAUCAUAUUAGCCCGUGGAUUAAUGGUAGUGAUGGCCAAUCGGAUUCCAGCAAUGGCAGCGGCAGUAGCAGUAGUAGCGGUUCAAGCAGUAGCAGCAAUGGGACAGGAGGUGCUGGAGGAGGCGGAGGUACAACAACGGGGGCAGGUGGUACGGGCUCUGCUACCAGUAGCACAGGUAAUCAAAUGCCCGAGUGUAAAGUUUGGCGGAAUCCGUUAAAUCUGUUCCGCGGCGCCGAGUAUCAACGCUUUUUUUGGGCCACCAGCAAAGAGCCUUUGACCUAUUACGAUAUGAAUCUGAGUGCCCAGGAUCAUCAGACGUUCUUCACGUGUGAGGGCGAUGCACGUAAGGAUGAAUACGAAAUCAUGCAAACGGCCUGGCGUGAACGCAAUCCGAUGCAACGCAUCAAAUCUGCUCGUAAUGCAUUAGAGAUCAAUGCUGAAUGUGCCCCGGCGUACAUACUGCUGGCCGAAGAAGAAGCCAUGACCAUAAUGGAAGCAGAGAAGAUACUAAAAACGGCUCUAAAAGUAGCCGAAAUAAACUAUCGCAAAUCGCAGGCCACUCAGCAUCAGGGAGCCAUUGCAGAUGGAGUGCAUCGACGGGAUACAAACGUUCUGAUCUACAUCAAAAGACGACUGGCCAUGUGCGCCCGUAAGCUAGGUAAAUUAAAGGAGGCGGCCAAAAUGUUUCGUGACCUCACCAAGGAGAUACCUUCAAUAAUGAGUGUGCUAAACAUCCAUGAGAAUCUCAUCGAGACGCUGCUGGAGAUGCAAGCGUAUGCCGAUUGUCAUGCCAUACUUGCCAAAUAUGACGAUAUCUCGUUGCCCAAAUCGGCGACCAUAUGUUAUACGGCAGCGUUGCUCAAGGCGCGAGCGGUGGCCGAUAAAUUCUCCCCAGACAUUGCCUCAAAGCGUGGCCUCAGUCCGGCGGAGAUGAGCGCCGUGGAGGCCAUACAUCGGGCCGUUGAGUUUAAUCCGCAUGUUCCCAAAUAUUUGCUGGAAACGAAACCGCUCAUCUUGCCGCCCGAACAUAUUCUUAAGCGCGGAGACUCUGAGGCCUUGGCCUAUGCGUUCUUUCAUUUAAAGCACUGGAAGCAAGUUGAGGGAGCUCUUAAUCUGCUGCACUGCACCUGGGAGGGCACAUUCCGCAUGCUGCCGUAUCCAUUGGAGCGCGGCCAUCUCUUUUAUCCAUAUCCGACAUGCACCGAGUGCGCUGAUCGGGAGCUCUUGCCGGCUUUUCAUGAGGUGUCUGUGUAUCCCAAAAAGGAGUUGCCCUUCUUUAUACUCUUUACGGCCGGUCUGUGCUCAUUUACCGCUCUAUUGGCCCUACUCACGCAUCAAUAUCCAGAGCCCAUGGGUUUAUUGGCCCAAACCGUACUUACUUGGAUCUCGUAUCCGUUUCAAUUGCUCAAGGAACGUAUCGAGGCAUUUUGGCCAUGCAAUUUGUUGCAACAAUUGUCGCGCGUCUAAAAUGGAAUCAUCAUCAAAGGUCGUGGCAAAAUGGACGGGAUCCAACUAAAACGGAGCGCCCACUUAUCCCCGUUAAAGGCCAAUGCACGCACACAUUAUUACACACACACACACACACACACACACAUAUAUAUAUACACACACACAA